AUGGCUGCUGCGCGCGCGGCUAGAGGUGCUCUGGAUCCCGCGUCGGCGGCCCUCCUCGUCGAGGCGGCCGUGCGCGGGGCGAAAGGGCUGCCGAGGCGCACGGUCGCGGCGGUGGCGAGGUCGGCAGUGUCGGCGGCGGCGUUCGCCGUCACGGCACCGCCCCCGCCCGCCGCGGCGGCUGGCGCCGAGGAGCAACAAGGUGAACGUCCUGGCGGUGGCGCGGACCCUGCGGCGCGGGUGGAGCGGCGGCGCCGCCGCCGCCAGCGUCGUGCGGCGCGGCGUGCAGCCGCCAAGAUGGACACCGACACGGAGGAGGCGGAGGCCGCUGGGGCGGCUGCUGGUGCUGCGCCUGCGGGCCCUGGGCUCGCGCUGGUGGCUGUGGCGGCCGCCGUGGCCGCCGACGCCUCCGACGACCCGAUCGACGACGACAGCUGGGCCGAUGGCCUCGUGCGCGGCGUCGGCGGAGGGGUGCAGGGGGCGGCGGCGGCUGCUGGGCCGCCUGCCCCCGCCGAGGGCGACGAGCGCGCUGCCCUCGUCGCGACGCUCGCCGAGGUCCCCGAGGGGUGCGGAGAGCUCGCGGCCCUCCACGCGCAGCUCGUCGAGGCGGGCGUGGACCCGGAUGACCCGCAGGUGCUGAGCCUCGUGGAGCACGGCGACGUCGCGACGACCCGCCUGUUCGUAGCGGGGGCUCGCGCCUUGGCCGCGGGCGCCUCCGGACCUCCGCCGUCCGCCGCGCCGGCCGCGGGCGCCUCCGGUGCGGGGAGGGGCCGCAGGCAGGGGGCGCGUCCCUGA